AUGGAAAGUUCAAAAUCACCUUCGUACUCACCGAAAUCACCGAUUUCAUCACCUGGUAAAAUCGAUAAUGACUACAACGAUGACAGUCACCAUAGCGACAGUGACAAUAGAAAAGACAGAAACAGAGAUAGCAGCAGCAAUGACAAUGACAUUGACAAUGAACACAUCGAUGGAGAUGACUAUGAAUCCAGACAAAUAUUAGAAACUCAUUCAAGCUUGAACGAUGAAUCUAAUGGAAAUAAUAAUAAUAAUAAUAAUAAUAACAAUAGCAGCAGCAAUAACAAUACACUUUCAUCAUCUUCUUCAUCUACAAACAACGAGUCUAUUUUGUCAACUUCAACAACUACAACCUUAUCACAACAAUCCAACAAUAACAACAAUAACAAUAUCAACAAUGGUGGAUCUGAACAAGGUAAUCUGUUUGUCAAUUUCUUGCCUAGUACUGUCACAACCGAAGAUUUGAGAUCGAUGUUCUCUGCUUUCGGUGCCAUUGAAUCGUGUCGUGUAAUGAUCGAUUUGGUCACUGGACAAAGUAGAGGUUUCGGUUUCGUCAAAUUUAAAGAUAAUAAUAAUGCAAAUAAUGCAAUCAAAGCAAUGAAUGGAGCUAAAAUCGAAAAGAAAACACUGUUGGUUCGUCAUGCCAAUGUGGAGAACAGCGUCACCACUGGUGGUGUGGCACCGCAUGUUGAUGAUGCCAAGGCAACCAACAAUCUAUAUAUUAAGGGACUACCAUUGAGUUUUACACAGGAGCAGUUGAAUGAAUUCUUCUCGGCGUACGGUACCAUCCUCGAGUCGAAGCUGCUCUUGGACAUCACCACGAACACCAGUCGAGGACAGGCACUCGUUCGUUUCGCAGAGAUCUCAUCGGCCACCAAAUCCAUCAAGGCACUGACCAACUAUAAAUUCCCGGGUGCCGACAAGGUCGUCAUUGUCAGAUACGCCGACAACGAAGAAGAAAAAGUACACAAACGAAUGAAGACACAACACAAAACCAGAUCCAAUCUCAGAUUUUCACCAUACCCAUCGCCAACUACAACUCCUCUAUAUCCUGCACCAACUGCAUUCUAUCAAAUGUCACCUGUUAUCGGUGGACUUGGAAUGGAUCCAACCAAUCUUUAUAUAUAUAAUCUGCCGGCAGAUGCCGAUGAUGCUUUGCUAUACAGACUUUUCAGCCCAUCGGGUGCAAUUGCCAGUGUCAAAGUUGUGAAAGAUCCAAUUACACAAGCAUGUAAAGGAUUUGGAUUUGUAAGAAUGGUUAAUUUACAAGAUGCUAUAAAUGCAAUCAAUUCAGUGAAUGGUGUAACAGUCGAAGGAAAAGUAUUACAAGUCUCCUUCAAAAAGUAG